UAGUUGUUAUUCAGAGCGGAGGUCCGCUGCUAAGCUAACAUCGUCAGCGCAGAUAAAACACAGAUUUUGGAGGUUUGUUUUGUUUAAGCGAGCUGAGAGCAGAGAGUUAGAAGCGGAGGAGAGGAAGAGGCAGACUUCGUCAACAUGCCUGAGACUGAGAGUUACUCCAACCCUUUGGCCCCUGAGGGCCACGAUGUGGACGACCACAGAGCCGCUGCUCAGUCCAAACUGACCAACGAUGACUUCAGGAAGCUGCUGAUGACACCGCGGGCAGCGCCCUCUUCGGCCCCGCCCUCCAAGUCCAGACACCAUGAAAUGCCAAGGGACUACAACGAGGAUGAGGAUCCCGCAGCCAGGAGGAGGAAGAAGAAGAGCUACUAUGCUAAGCUACGCCAGCAGGAGAUGGAGAGAGAGAGGGAGCUGGCAGAGAAAUACCGAGACAGAGCGAGAGAGCGACGAGACGGAGUCAACAAGGAUUAUGAAGAGACCGAGCUGAUUAGCACCACGGCAAACUACAGAGCCGUAGGACCCACAGCUGAGGCUGAUAAAUCUGCCGCAGAGAAGCGUCGUCAGCUGAUCCAGGAGUCCAAGUUCUUGGGUGGUGACAUGGAGCACACUCACUUGGUGAAAGGUCUGGACUUUGCCCUGCUGCAGAAGGUGCGAGCUGAAAUCACCAGUAAGGAGAAAGAAGAGGAAGACAUGAUGGAGAAAGUCCAGAAAGAAGCAAAGAAGGACGUGGAGCCAGAGGAGAAGAUCGAGUUUAAGACUCGUCUUGGCAGGAACAUUUACCGCGUGGUGUUCAGGACGGGGUUGGUGGAGAGGAACGAGCUCUUCCUGCCUGGCAGGAUGGCCUAUGUGGUCGACUUGGACGAUGAGUUCACUGACACGGACAUCCCUACCACUCUGAUCCGCAGCAAGGCCGACUGCCCCAGCAUGGAGGCUCAGACGACCCUCACCACCAACGACAUCGUGAUCUCUAAGCUGACUCAGAUCCUGUCGUACCUUCGCCAGGGAACACGGCACAAGAAGAUCAAGAAGAAGGACAAAGGUAAACUGGAUGAGAAGCGUGCUCCUGAGGCUGAUCUCAGCAUCUUUGACGACAUCGGGGACUACAUCGUGUCCACAAGCUCGUCGUCCAAACCAGCCAAAGACAAAGAUCGCCACAGAGAGAGAGACCGGGAGAGAGAGAGAGACCGAGAAGAGGAGGGCAAGAGCCGGAGACACAGCUACUUCGAGAAACCUCGAGGAGAAGAACACCAGGUCAUGGAGGUGGAUACAGGUCCUGGUUCAGUCAGGGAGCAGAUUAAAAUGAUCAAUGAGAAGUUUGCUGGAGCGGCAGGCAGCCAAUGGCAGAGCCAGGAACCGGGUUCUCAGAGGAGAGACGGGAAAGAACAGCUGGGAGAUUUCUUUGGAGGAUCCAACUCAUACGCCGAGUGUUACCCUGCCACGAUGGAUGACCUGGCUGUGGACAGUGAUGAGGAAGUGGACUACAGCAAGAUGGACCAGGGGAAUAAGAAAGGGCCGCUGGGCCGCUGGGACUUUGACACCCAGGAGGAGUACUCGGACUACAUGAACAACAAGGAGGCUCUGCCCAAGGCUGCCUUCCAGUACGGCAUCAAGAUGUCUGAGGGCAGAAAGACCCGACGCUUCAAAGAGACCAAUGAGAAGGCAGAACUGGACCGCCAGUGGAAGAAGAUCAGCGCGAUCAUCGAGAAGAGGAAGAAGAUGGAGGCUGAUGGUGUGGACGUGAAGAGGCCGAAAUAUUGAGUCUCCUUCAUCGAUGCGCCGCUGUUGAUCAGAUGAUUCCUUAUUGAUCUGUGAUCAUCCUUUAUUGAUGUGUUAUUACCAUGUAUUGGUCAGUGAGGUGAUGUUUUACAGAGUUAACAGGUCACAUCUAUGACUUUAAACAGAGUUAAACAAGUCUAAUCUUUACUGUUAUGUGAAUGAUGUAUUUAGUGAUGUGAUAAUCAGUCUUUCUGAUUAGUUAGUGAUGUUUUUUUCUCUAUAUAUGACUAAACACAUCAGCCAUUGCUCUUUGUUUGACUCAAAUAACCAGUUUGUAAUUAUUUGAAGGUGAAAUAUUCAGAAAAAAUCCUCUUUUUAGCAUCUGCUCACCAUUUUUUUUUUUUUGGUAUUCCGUGUGUCUGCUAUCCCACAAAAUGUAAUAUACAUUUGUCAGUUGUACAAUGGGAAAUACUGGGAAAUGUGCACCAGAAAGACUUAGGAUUUACAUUCUGGAGCUUCUUUUUCUUUACUUUUAAAUUGUUUUUAAAAUUAUUCAGGUUAAAUAAAUUUGAGUUUCUGCUGACAUAUUUCUGCCCAUAAUCUUCAGUCUUAUUUCUAGCCUAAGCACAGAGAGAGGCGUGUCUAAACUGCACAAAAACAACCAGGAGAAAAGUUGGAGGAUCUAGCCAGGAUCAAGGGCUUCGGCUCAAGUCUCAGAGAAAAUCCACCAUCUCGUUCUGUUUAAAUGAAUGUUUGAUUUUGUUUUUCAUCGUUAAUUAAGAGGUCAUUAAACAGGAAGUGUCUUUA